AUGUUUCGAGAAGAGGUCGUCGCGGCGGUGUUUGCGGCUCACGAGGGGAGCUAUGUGGCCACUCAGCGGCUACAGCAGCUCGUGGAGUGCCGCGACGACCCUGCGGACCCCGCACUGGCACUUGAGCUGCAGCGUCAGCUUGCUCUUGCCUACGACGCCCUGAUAUCGCUAACGCAGCUAUCGCACAACAGUCGGGAUGAGGCCGUGCUGGCGUUCGUUUCGACGAAGGGCGCGGCGGCGACGCGCGAGAACUACAUCGAGUGCGUCGACCUGCUGCGCUUCUACGGCUUCACGCUGCUCGUCAAGUUCGUGGAGAACCACUGGCACCGCCUGCCCGACGAGCUGCGGCGCCGCUGCAAGGGGGACGUGGAGCGCCUGUUUUCCUGCGGGCGCGGGGACUCCACGGUCGCGGCGGAGUACAAUGCGCUGGCGGCCCCCAAGGUAUCGCAAUAUGUCGCCACCAUCGCCAUCAGGGAGUGGCCGGUGAGUUGGCACGAGUUCAUCCCCCUGUGUCUGCAGUCGCUAAAUGCGCGAUUCGCCUCGCUGGGCGGCAAGGCCAACGAGUGCAAGCAGACUUUGGCCGAGUUGUGCAUUUUCGGAGGGCUGCUGUCGGAGAUAUCGGUCGACAUCACCGACUGCAUGGAUAACAAGGUGCUCUACAAGAAGCGCACCCAGAUCCUGGGGCUGUUCCAAAACCACAUCUGCGAGAUUUUCCUGAUGAUUCACCGUGUCAUCGUGCUUGGGAUGUUGAACGGGCAGCCACAAAUCCUGCAAAUGGUCAUCUCAAUAUUCCGCAACCUAUCGGGGAUCAUGGACGGCUUCGUGUUCGUGGAGUUCGACGUGGACGACUUCCUCCGAGCCAACAUGGACGUCAGCAACCGUUCGGACGUGAUCCAGACGCUGCAUAACAUUUGCACCAACGUGGUGCGCAAGCCGCUGAAGAACAUGCCCAAGAAUCCGGAUUUCGAGCUAUCGAACGACACUUACAAGGGCAAGCUGGAUCGUUUUGUGCGCAACCUCGUGUCGGUGGGAGAGUCGAUGCCGCUGGAUUGCUCCCUCGAGACGGCCUGCGACCAGCUGCAGCUGACUCAGGCCAUCAAGGUGCUGUUCGAGCGCAACGGCGGCUACGUUCUGACGAAUUUAGAUGCCGAAUCGCUCAAGAUAUUGGUCGAGUACCUGCAGGGCCACCUGGUGAUGCACCCGUCGAUGCAGAUCGCAACGUGCGCUGUGACGGCGCUGAACGUGAUGCUUCGCCGCGUCGGCACAUUAGGAGAAGCUCGUCUGUGCGGCGAAUACCGCUCCGGAGUAUUCGUCCCCAACCCCUGCGUGCGUUGGCUUGACCACCGCCGCAUGUUGCUGGUUCUGUUCGUGCGAUGCCUGAAAAUGGGCAACACCGCACUGUCGGAAAAUUCCGAUAAUCCCAGCUCUUCAUCCACCAUCGACGACUUCAUUGCCGAGUCCGUCGGCACCUUCCAGGUGCGGUCGCAGCGGUGGUCUAAACUGCUGUUUGCAUACGUGCCCAUCGACGACGAGUUUUGCGUGGGCCAACUGAAGAACUUCGACCCACGUUUCGCUGCACUUCGCUCAGCGAUUCUGAAUUGCGUCUCGAUGCUCUGCACGGUGAGCCACGACUACAUGAACGCCUGCAUCAAGGCGCUGGCGGACAUCUUCACCACCGCCCAGCGCGUGGUGAUGGAUUCGCCAUGCGUGCAUGCAGCGAGCAUGUGCACGAUGCAGAACAUUUCGGAAAAGCGUCUACAGUGGACUUGCAAGAAGCUGGUGCUGUUCGACGGUACAUGUUUCAUGUUCGAGGCUGCGCUAUCCCGGUUGCGUGGCGCUACCAUCGACGUGACGACGACCGUCGACACCACAAAGACUCCUGAAUGGAUGCAGCCGGCUGCUGCGAAUGGCGUGCUGCAGGCUGCACAAGCCAAGGCUGGUGGGAACAUGGUAGACACGUGGAUAUCCAGUGCGCUGACCUACCUUCUGCAUAUGUUGGGCCUGCAGCUGCCCAGCGUGCACGGCGCACAACUCGAGGUCCGCCGAUUAAGUAUGCUCUCAAGCUCGGCAAUUCUGCUGCUUUACAACGCCGAACCAACGGAACGCAUCUUGGAGUACGUAGUUGGCCUCUUGUUGGUCCAGGGUGCAGAUGACGGGCAAGUCACCAAGGUACACCGAGCUGCUCUUGUGACCCUGAUAUCGCUAUGCAAGAGCUGCUCAGCCCUGGUGUCGGCUUAUGUCGAACCUAUCGUACGGCGUAUUCGACAGUGUUUGAAUCUGGCUGAGGAUGAAUCUGCAAGAGACUUGCUGUUGGAGUCCUUGGUGGCACUGACGUCAUGCCUGCAGAAUUUCGAGACGCAGCGGAGGUUGACCAACGAAAUUAUCGCACCUUACGUAGACAACAUCAGCGCUCUCGCGACCAAAGUGUCGUCAGUGAAACUCGAAGAGCGGCCGGCGAUGCUGUUUGCAUUCUUGUACGGGAAUGGCCCUCACCCAUCUACGGCCUCUGGGAGUCCUUCCCGCGAGGCGUCGGAUGAGGAAUCUUUGGACCGCAGGCGCCGCAACUUACGUCGUGUUUUCACGAUGUCGUUAUCGAUAAUACGAUGCUGCGUUGUUCCAAACAGCCCGGAAGAUCGCAACAAGGGCAACAACGCCGAACGAGCUCCUGUGCGCCACCCACUGGAGGAUCGCCUACUCGAUAUCUUCGUAUCGACAUGUACGAUUCUUCGUGCGCUGUCGGGGAUGUGGAGACCAGGAUUUAGGACACAGGACGAUUGGAGGAAGGUGGUAUUGAGCCCCGGUGAGGAGGAAUGGAUAUCGCUGCAGGGGUUCAACGAGGCGAUCGCCACUGAAGAGAGCCUGCGUCGUCUGGUUGAGUCGGUGUUCAGCAUUCCAUCCAACAUGGAUACAAAGUUGGUUAGGAAAUGCCGCCGCCACGACUUCCUGCUGCGCCAAUCUGCGCUGAAAUUAUGUGGUGAAAUUUUCGCCACCGCCAUCACCUUCAAGAUCGACCUGGUGCCGCCCGCGGAAUCUGUUAUUACGGAGGCGCUGGUCGAACCGCUGGAGUGGAUCUCGAUGUCACACCUUGCGCAGUACCUGAAAUUCGCUCUGGUGCCGUCAAAGCUGUCGCUGCGCAAUGUGUUAUCCAAGGUCAUAUCAACCAUUUCGGAGCGCAUCAACUCUGAGUGGAAGGCUCUGAAUCGUCUGCAGCGCAACCUGCUAGCCGGCGACGAAGGCGCUUCGCCAAAUCAUAGCGCAGAGUCGCGGAUACUUCAUCUGUACUACCUGCGUGUGUACGCCUCCAUCGAGACUGGUUUGCAGUUGAUGUCGCUGGUGGCAACGGCUUUCCGUAUUCGGUGUUCGCAUGCCAUGGAAAAUGAAAGCGAAGCAGGAUCUGAUGAGGUAGUGAUGAUGGGCACCCCCGGGAGCGAGCAGGUGUCUGUGGUAUUUGGAUCUCGUGAGCUGCUCACGUGUAUCCUGCAAUGCCUCUGCAGUGCGCUGUGUUGGCCGCACUGCCGCUGCGUGACUGAGGCCCUGCGGUUGCUACGCACGUACGCGAAGAUCGCGCCGACAAUGGACUCGUAUUCCGUCAGCAUCGCGGAGUCGUUUGCGUCCGAGGUGCUUCUGGUGCUGCACAAGCAGCUGAGGAUAGAGCGUACUUUCGACCCGCUGAACCUCGGCAACGACGAGGGGCACGGUUCAACCACCACGGCCUACAAGCGGUUCUGGUCCAACACCCGCGACGGCAGCACCAACUACAUCAAGGAGUUCGUGAACACGAUGAGCACCUUCUACGAGUGUCUGGUUAAAUGCCAACCUGGCGUCACAGGCGUGUUGAACCAGGGCGAGAUAAACGUGCAAGCUCUGCUUCGCUUCAGCUCGGUCGUCGAGUCCGUGAAACUGCUGACGCCGUACCUGCAAGAGCACGAGUGCCUGAACUUUCUGACCAAGAUCAUCUCACAUAACUCCGUCGAGUCACGGGCCCUGCUGCAGGCUGGGAUCGAGGCGAAUGUUCUGGUAAGCUACGGUGAUGCGCGAAUGACAGUGUUGAAGGAUCAGAAUGCGCGUGCGAACGCGAAGCUGCUCCAGUUCAGUGCAAGCAUAUUGGAGACACGGUCGGCGAUGGAGAUCGAGCGAGCCGGUUCAGCGGAAUCCGACGAUGAAUUCCUGGGGUCUGACAUAGCGUACCUGUUGUUUGAGUAG